CGACCUAUUCCGAAGAUUUCUUCAAACAUGGCGACUGCCGCAAAAACUCCAGAUACAAGACAAGAACUUGCAGAAUUAAUCAAAAGACGGCAAGAAUUAUCUGAGAGUUUGGCAAACUUAGAAAGACAGAUCUAUGCAUUUGAAGGAAGCUAUUUGGAAGAUACUCAACAAUAUGGAAACAUUAUCAGAGGCUGGGACAGAUUAAUGUCAAAUAAGAGUUCAUCAAGUAAGCUUGAAAGAAAGCAUAGAAAAUUUAAAGAUGCAGAAAGAUUGUUUUCAAAAUCAUCAAUAACAUCUCUUGCUGCCGUUCAAAGAGGUGGUCUGUCUGAACCAGAACCAGAAAGAAAUCUAAGAGAAGCACCAACAAAUCUAGAACCUUUGCAACACAAUCACAUUGGAAAGUUCACAAAGCUUCUCACAAGAAAAGAAAAAACAAAAAAAGAAGCAUUGAAUUGGGUCUGAAGAAAGGCGCGGGUAGAGUGACUGAUUUCAGUGCUGGAGAGGAUGAUGAAUGAAUACGCAGUUCGCCAAUGGAUCUCUCUCAAAUUAUCCAUUAAUAUCCAACAAUAUCCUGUACAUUGCUUUGAAUGAGCAGAAAUUUAGAAAUGCUGUUUGGCCGAAUUAAGGCCAAAAUUUUACUCAUUUUAAUUGUAGAUUUAUUAGUUAUAAUUAAUGUUUUUUAAUAUUUAUAUUUCUUGUAUCAUAGAGAAUUGAUCAAACGUUUUUCAAAUGAAUAAAUGUUUAAUAAAUUAAAGUUUUAUUGAAAACUUUAGCUUAA